AUGUCGCACGAAUGCCAUGCUUACGAGUACCCGGAUCUAGACACAACUCAGAGACAGAUACGUCUUCUUCGGCUGCGACACAGAGCACACAACGGUCACUUGGCGCAGUAUGAGCUCCACACAUUCGAUCUGGACAAAGCGCCGAACUACAUCGCUCUUUCGUACACUUGGGGCCCGGAAUCUCCAGCAUAUCCGAUUCGUGUCAACCGCCGAAAGUUGCAGAUCCGCGCGAAUCUGCAUGCGUUCCUCCAGGGCUUCACUGCCCGCGCCUACAUCUGGAUAGACCAAAUCUGUAUCGAUCAAUCGAAUCCGGAAGAGAAGAAUCAUCAAGUCAGGAUGAUGGCACAGAUCUAUAAGGAUUGCGACUCUAUGAUCAUCUGGCUAGGAAGCACCAGCCACAAGUUCAAGGAGGCAGCUGACGAAUUUGUCUAUAAGCCACGACCGCACUCGCUAAGCAUUCUCCUGCAUGACGACUACUUCACUCGCCUAUGGGUUGUGCAAGAGGUGCUUCUCGCCAGAGCCGUCCGAAUUAUCUGCCGCGGAACAUUGGGCUUUGUCGAGCUACCGUGGAACGACGUUCACGCAAUAGCAACAGGGGGUUCUGCGUGGCUGCAGCAACACGGAAACAAGAAAGCUGUGCUCGCACUGAUAGCAAAUCAAGGCAUGAAUCGAUACGAGGGUAUCCGGACCGUAGUCGCACGAUACAGCAGCUAUCAGUGUGAGAACCCUCGCGACAAGGUGUACGGACUGCUGGGAAUUGUACGUUCGGACGAGCGUCUGGAAGUGGACUACAACAAACUGGUGCAAGAGGUUUUCUUGGACGCAGCGAGAGCUGUGCAGGUCUCGAAACUGGGUAGGCCUGACAGAGUCAAAUGUCAAGGGAGACUCCAGUCCCUCGCGCGGGAAAUGGGUCUGGCGAACGGUGACAAAGGCAUGACAGGACUCCGAGGGAUGCUCAGAGAUGUCUUCGGCUCUUCCAAAACCGCCCGGUCUUCUCUCGCAAACCUUCCAAAGUUGGCGAGACCAAAGUCAAUGGGCUUCGAUCCCCAGCGUUCGGGGGCGUGUCAUGAGAGUGAGGCCUCGAAACGGCUCCUGGCUCGAUGGUGGUGUGAAUAUGAGGGCAAGAGGUACUAUCACGCCUGCUGUAGCUGCGAAGCGAGUAAGAUGUGUCGCUGUAAUCCAGGGAAGGCGAUCAUCCGAUCGUCGCUUGCCUUCCCUUGGGUUGCUGCUGGCGUGCAGCUUACCGCAAAGCAAAAGGAAGCUCUCGGCGGAGGAACGUCCAAGUCUGAUACUGCCAAAGCGGACACUUCCGAAUCAGCCGCAUCUGAGGUGAAGAUGGAGGACGAAAACGAUUAUAGCGCAAGCGAAGGGGAUAAUUUGGAGCAGGAUGCGAAUGGAAUUUGA